AUGUUUGUUGUCUACACAUCAGCAGAUGGAAACAACGUAACAUUAUCGCCUCGAUCAUCUAGCGGGUACAGUAUGCCUACACUCAACAGCAACACGCAAGUCGAACUCCUCGAGGGGUCGGGAGUCUCAAAUGGCAUCAUGACCGCCAAUGUCAAAUGUUCGAAUUGCAACAGCUGGUCAGGCGGGACUGCAGACUUCAAAGCUUCGAGCGGGAACUGGAUAUAUGCCUACCAGUCAUCUGGGGGUGCACUGAACUCUAACGAUCAAUCAGCAUCGAUCCGCCAACACAACCAGCACGACUCCUUUUCAUGGGACUACACCAACGCAAAAGGAGGAAGUAGCGUCAACCCACUUGUGAACGCCGCGCCUGCGGGAACCGGCACUGGAUCCGGCACUGGAUCCGGAGGUUCGACACGACAAAACCUUCCGUACUGCGACGAUACCAGCUCUGGAACCGGUGGUUUCACCUCAAUUGGCUCAGGCGGCGGCGGCUCUUCUCAGCGACGUACAAUGCUCAUCACUCACGGCGUUCUCGCAUCCCUCGCCUUCGUCAUCCUCUUCCCAGCAGGCGCCAUUGCCAUCCGUCUUGCCUCCUUCCCAGGUGUUGUGUGGUUCCACGCCGCUUUCCAAGUCUUCGCGUACCUGGUUUACAUCGCUGCGUUCGGUCUGGGUGUGUACAUUGCAUCAGGCAUGGAGAUGCUCGACCACUACCACCCCAUCAUUGGCAUCGUAGUCUUCAUCCUUGUCUUCCUGCAACCGAUCUUAGGCUUCAUGCACCACGCACUCUUCAAGAAGUACCAGAGCCGCACACUCUGGUCAUACUUGCACAUCUGGGUUGGGCGUAUCGCUGUCACCCUCGGUAUCAUCAAUGGGGGCCUUGGUCUGCAGUGGGCUGACUCGAUGAACAUGAGCUCGAGGGGCGGUAUCAUUGCAUAUGCUGUCAUUGCUGUGGCCGUAUGGCUGGCGUGGGUGGCUGCGAUGGUUAUAGGCGAGAGAAGGAGAGCUAGGAAAUUGGCCGACGCGCCGCCGAAGUAUGCGCAGAGGGAGCGUGGUGGGAGCAGGAGACGGAGCACAACGGGUGAUGACACUGACUCUUCUGAUGACAUCCAGCUUGUGAACUCGAGGAUGCAUGGGCAUUAUGCGCCGAAGAAUCAGGCUGACAGCAAGUCCAGCGCCGCACUAUGCCAGGUCUUCGACAGCAUCUUUUACGAUGUGCCCAUGUCGAGAGUCAAGUUCAACGCCAACACAGAAUAUGCAUACUUGCAGAACUUCAAAGUACUGCAGAACACAUUCGCCAAGCACCAGAUCGAUAAGCCCAUCCGCGUCGAGUCCCUUGUCAAGUGCAAGAUGCAGGACAACCUCGAGUUCCUUCAGUUCGUCAAGCAGUACUGGGAUCAGCACUUCCCCGGCCACGAGUACGACCCGGUCGCCCGCCGCGGCGCGAAAGCAGUAGUAGGAGGUGGCGCACCAGCACCCCGUGCCACACCUGCCGCAGCCAGGAGAGCGCCCGCUGCCAGCAACACCGCCGCACCGCGAACCCGAACACCGCUUGCCGCUUCUGGAGGCGCAGCAAGUGCCGCUCUUAGGGAAGAGAACACACAACUUAAGGAGACUGUGUCUGGCCUGGAGCGCGAGCGCGACUUCUACUUCAGCAAGCUGAGGGACAUAGAACUGCUCAUUCAGCAGGCCAUGGAGGCCGACCCCGAGCUCGAGAAGGACGAGGGUCUUCUGAAGCAGAUCCAGAACAUUCUCUACUCGACUGAAGAGGGCUUCGAGAUCCCUGCCGAAGGUGCCGAGGGUGCCGAGGAGGAGACUUUUUAG